AAUAUUUACUGUGUGCUGUCGGAAUGUUAUACAGGAGACGCUGAGUUUGUUUAUGGCGGAAUAAGGCAGCUUCAUCUGACUGUCGUAGUCGUUAACACGCAGCUGUGUGGAAUGUGGUGUAGAGCAGCUGAUGAAGUGUGAUCUCUAGUGUGAACUGAAGAGUAGACUUUUGACCACCCAGACCAUGGAUGAAGAGUGGACACCCUUGGACUGCCUGCUCCCAUCAGGCAAACAGAGUAUUUGUCUAAUCAUUCUGAACCAGCCUCUUGAUAAGGACCACCUACAGAUCCUAUGGAGUAAAGCUCUCUUGAGGGCAUGUGCUGAUGGAGCUGCCAAUCAACUUUACAACAUCACCGCUGGAGAUCGAGACAACUUUCUUCCAGACUACAUCAGUGGGGAUUUUGAUUCCAUUAGAGCAGAGGUUAAAGCUUUCUAUGCAGACAAGGGAUGCAAGGUGAUAGAAACAGCUGAUCAGGAUCUAACAGACUACAGCAAAUGUCUUGCAAUAAUGCUGGAAGAGAUACAGAAACGAGAGUUGCAGGUGGACACCAUAGUGACCCUAGGUGGUCUAGCAGGGAGAUUUGACCAGAUCAUGGCAUCGGUUGAGACCCUAUUCCAUGCUCGGUCCAUGACACAGCUGCCUGUUUUGAUCAUACAGGAAACAAGCUUGGCAUGCUUACUCAGACCUGGCAACCACAGACUGGGAGUGAACACUGGCCUGGAGGGAGAGUGGUGCGGCCUAAUUCCUGUAGGUGGACCCUGCCAAACAGUCACCACAGGACUCAAAUGGAACCUGAAUAACCAAGUUCUGCAGUUCGGGAAGCUAGUGAGCACCUCCAACACCUACGAACCCACAGCACCGGGAAAUCCCAGGAAGUCUGUGACUGUGACCACAGACCAGCCUCUCCUUUGGAGCAUGGGCAUCCAUAUGAAUGGAAAAUAAUGUCUUACAAGCUGUUCAAUCAGAAGCAACUAUCAUUUGUGAUUUCUUUAAUGAUGUAGACAAGGGCCAGAGCCAGAUAGUGGGCCAAGAACUGUUUGAUUUGAAUAAUGUUGAUUUUUUGUACUGGAAUUAAAGUUAGCAAAUGGUC